AUGGCUUUCCUCUUUCAAUUCCGUCGCGUCUUUGUCCUCCCAAAGUUUGUUGUGUUUUGCGACAUCAUGAUAGGCUUUAUCAGCAUAUUCGGCAUCGCCGUUGUUGUGUCAUCUAUUGUCUUGAACACUCCGAGAUGGAGGGGAGAAUCGAAGACACAACUGCAGUAUGACCAGGGAAUGUGGUGGCUUGCGACAGCCAUUGUGCAUUUGGUAACGGACAUCAUCAUCUUCUUGAUGCCGAUACCUAUGCUCAGCAUGUUGAAGCUGAAACAAAUGCAGAAGGUUGCGCUCUUCGUCAGUUUCGGGCUUGGAUUUGUGUGA